UGUACUUUUAGUUUCAGUUGAGAAAUCGAAAAAUAUGAAGGGAAAAACUCUCCUUUUAUGACGCUAAAAGCUCGCUUACCAUGGAAAAAAGAUUAAUUAUCUUAUUUUCUAUUCUUUUUGAAGUCUUCUGAAGGAAUUAUGAAUGAAUUGCCAUUCGAACUUGUAGACAAAAUCUUUAAUUAUUUGGAUGGCUUGUCUCUUGCAAAGUCUAAAGGAGUUUGUAGAAAAUGGCGAGAUCUACACGAUCAACACAACUAUAAUGUACUCUGGAGAAAGGUUUGUUUAACAGAGAUUCCAAAAGAUGUGCUUGUUGAAAUCUUGGGGUAUACAAAGAAGGAUUUAUUAGAACAUUUAGAACAUAAAGAAGCAGAAGUGAGCUGCUGGAAGGAAGUUUAUAAAGAAUGGCACAGAAGUAGAUUCAUAGGAAAAUGGCCUACUAUGUGUCUAGAACUGAAAGGACAUUCAUCAGGACCAGUAUAUGAUGCCAAGAUUUCAGGAGAUAGAGUAGUUACAUGUGGGGAGGACUGUACUGUAAGGAUAUGGGAUGCAUGGACUGGUUGCUGCUUAAAGACUUUUCAAGGCCAUGAACACAGAGUUAUUUGUCUGGCUUUACGCAGAAAACCAGGAGUGUCUUUACACCAUGAUAAGCCACAUGACUUAAUAGUAUCUGGUUCAGAUGAUUGUACUGUGUGUAUUUGGCAUAUGGAUGACCCAGGUGUCCGUGUCAAGCGUCUAGUUCACCACGCUUCUCCUAUCAAUUGUGUUGCCAUUCAAAGAAAUAUUGUAGUUGCUGCUUUAACAGAGGGCAGUGUUGCCGUUUGGGAUUUUGAAUUGAAUGAUUCAGAGAUCCUUUUUAGGAUCAAUUCCAUUGACUGGGUCAGAUAUGUUGGCCUCUUGAAUGAUGCAGUCCUUACUGUAACGGAAAAGAAUAUUUUGGAUUUAUGGUCAUUAUCAACUGGUGAGUCAUUAGUAUCUGAAGUGGACUUCCAUCAUAAAGAAGGCAUAUGCCAAGCAGCUUCUAGAGGAGAUACUACACUAGCUUUAAGUCGCUGUGGAAAACUUGUAGCAUGGCAACAUGCAUAUGGUGUCAAAAGUGACCUCCGUACAAGUGUAUUACGUAAUUAUAAAAUCAUUGGUCCAGGAGCUGCUGGUGUUCAGAGGGGAAAAUGCCUAGCUUUUUCAGGAUGUCUGGUUGCUAUAGGAACAGAGAUAGGACCUAUCUAUGUGUAUCACUUGGAAAAGAAUUGGGACAACCAGUUUCAGAAAGUCCACACCAUUAUUCACAGUGGUAGUACAGCUCCCAACUCCGUUGCUUUGGGUGACGAUGGGACAGGACCAAUGUUACUAACCGCAGGAAAUGAUGGGAUAGCUCGGGUACAUAGAUGGUUUCCAUUCAGUGCUACUAAUUUAGCAGUUCACGUGAAGUAAGUCUGAUGAUUCUACCAAGAUUCCUCUGUGCGACCAAACUUGAAAACAAAGGCACUUGAGAAAAAAAAUUAAAAUAUUGCUCAGUUAGAAGAUGGCUACUUCACUAAAUAGAAAAGAAUCUUAAGCCAUGCAAAUAAUUAUUAGACUUUCUUUAAAUGUCGCACCCUACUGACACCCUACCAACACC